AUGCUAAAUGUGGAGGAGUUUGUUUGCCCAGAGCUGCGGCUGGCUAUGUGUCACGUGAAAGAGGCGAUCCGAAUCAUCAUGCAUUGUCUUGUCGUAUGCCGCAGUCUUGGUGGCACCCAGCCCAUCGAUCUCAAAGCAGUGGUCUCUGAAUUGUUCGACGUAGAGUACCUGAAGAUCAAUGACAGCCAAUUGGUGCAGGAGGUCGAGCGUUUAGUCGAAAAGUUCUCUGAGAUCCUCGAGAACAAUGCUGACAAGUCAGGCCGUGCUCAGCUGGUGUUCAACUUAUACACAGCCAAGAAUCGCAAGCAAAGCAUUUGGAACAUCUUGGUCGGCAGCGACGAGAAAAUCGUGUUCGAGCAGUGGCGCAUCCCCGUGGCCGUGCAGCCGUUGAACAGGUACUUGAAUCCUGCUGACAACUUGCGUGAAGAGGCCAACUUGCAGGCCUCUGCUUCGCAGCAGGUCCAGCAGGUUCUCCAUUAUGUCAUCGCCAGAGCCAAUGCCAAGGUGGAGCACCUUCCGCCACCGGACAAAGAGCAGACGGCCUACAACUUCGAUGUUGCUUUUCUAUCAGGCGAUGGCAAGGACGGCGGGAUUGUUGGAGCACGUGGGCCAGCAUGGCUAACACUGGGACUUCUGACGUGCGCUGCUCCUUUGGAGGACAUCGGGGCCGGGUCUUUGCUCCGGCAGGGUCUGGGCUCCUCACUUCAAACGAUCCGCCAGAUGCCGCCGCGAUCUUACUUCGCUCAGCAAGCGAGCCGCGGCGUGUUCUGGCUGGGCAAGGUACAUGGCGUGAUGGCAUGUGCGAAAACAGUGCUAGCCGACAAGCACGUUCGAGUCAUGGGACUCCCAUGGGACAGGACAUGGCUCCGGCAUGCCGUUCUCUUGAUUCUGUCCACUUCCACUGCCGGGAAUUAUCAGGGCGACCCGUGCGCGACUGCAUUGCUUCUGGUCGCGCACCGCGAUGAUGAGACCUUCUUUGCAGGUGAGGCACUGCUAGGCCGCAAAGCUUCGCUUCCCUGGGGUUGCCGCAGGGUGUGGUGGCAUGUUGUCGUGGUUGCUGGACGAGGUGACCAGAGCACUCGCGAGGAGCUGAACACAGUCUUGAACAUUGCAAGGUCGCAUACUCUCGCCGCAAGAAUCGUGGAGGAGGUUUGGAACUACGCUGACUGCAACGUGCCGUAUUGCUACGAGUUUCUAGAUGGACCCGUUCCGAUACAGAAGCGCCUUCAUGACAUUCUCGCAUCACGCAGCUGGGAUUAUGUGGUGACCCACAACGAGCAGGGAGAGUACCAUCAUUAUCAGCACGCGGGCCUGCAUGCGGCAGUCCGAGAUGCCCUGCAGAAGUUGGAGAACCCGCCGCAGCUGCUUGUGUUCAAUCCGAUGCCCGAGCUCAAUGUCUCCGUGAGUCCUGGCAAGGCUCGGAUGCUGGAGGCAUACAUGAAGACCAAACCCAACUCUGCCCGCCAGAUGACCGUGCAGGGUUUGGCAAGAUACACCGAGCAUUUGGUCCCUGCGAUCGCCUUCUUCCGACCUGGGCCAUUAGGUGUUGCAUUUGCCCAUGCUAUGCAGGGCGUAGACCUACCGUUUAUGUAUGAUUGGACUCUGAUGCAUCCUGCUGGUCAUUUGCCACCGUUUUCGGCGAAGGAUUGCGCUGUCGUGGUGCAGGAAUUUUUCGGUAACACUUGGUUCAACUUCUGUGGAAGACCGGAUACUGCCCAGUAUCCAGAUGUUUGCAGGGCAUUGAGACGGGAGAAAGACCAGCUUUCUUCCCGGCUGGUGGCUCUUUUCCAGAACUUCGAGGACAUGGCGCAGGCUCAUGAGGUCGCCCAAGUGCCGAAGCCUUUGUCUCACACUCCAACUCUCAGGUGCUUGAAGAUGCAGGGAAUUGGAUCCUUCGGAAACGUUGUCGGCUGGGAAGUCCUUGCAGAGGUACGAAAGCCCUGCUACAUCGUGCUUCUGGUCUUGCGGAGGAUCAUGGUUGGUUGGAAAAAGGGCUACCAAGGGCGCACCUACAAAGUACUUCGUGCAACAGAGCCCCGGCUGCUGACAGGCAUACACCAGGAGGUGAGUUGGGAUGAGGUUGACCCCAUCACUGUGCAGCCGGACGAUGUUGUUGGCUGGCAGAUCUUCUUGCAGACAGAUGACAUUAACAGCCUUAGCAUGCAUCCAGCUGUGCCGGAAGACGAAGCAGACGAGUUUUGCAUCGGUGGGCGUGGCUGCGAUGAGGCAGGCCUCUGUGCCUUUGACAUUAAGCCUCCAGAGGUGCAAGAUCUGCGUGUGCAGAAGGUCUCCGUGCGCGUCAUGCCACGUCGCUCACGGCAGCAAGCACGACCAAAUCCUUUCUUCGACGUGAUGCCCGCCCUAAACAUCUCGGAGUAUGUUGACGCCAGCACGACAUACGAGGAGCUUAUGACCAUAAGACAAAAGCUUGACCAUUCUGACUUGGGCAUGUUCGAGGACAAGAUCCGCUUGCGAACAGAACUUUUGCCUGCAGCCGGAGUUCUCGCCACACCGAGCAUCCACCUGUCGAACACCGACUUCAACAUUGCCUACUUGAUAGAAGGGCGACAGAGCUAUGUGGUUAAGCCUUCGCACAUGUCCGAGUCGCAGAACGUUUUCGUUAUGCACAAUGGUAUGAAUCUGCUGCGACAAGCUUGGGGCUGGCCUGGGACGUCAUCGAUAGAGGAAAUUCAGGCUGCCGUACACCAGUUUUCUGAGCAGUCGGCGCUGGACUGGGAGUGCAAGGCACUGGUGGCAAGCAAGCCUGGAGUCAUCGUGGAAGAGCUGGUCCUCGCUGAGGUCGGCGGGCGGCUGGCGGUGGACGAAUUCAAGUUUUACACCGUCUUUGGCAAAGUGGCUUUCGGAGAGGAGAUCUUCUCUUCCGCGGGCACUGUCAUGGAGAUUGACCGCGAUGGGCAGAUCUUAACAAACAAGAUGGAGUGCCCACCUUUUUGUGUGCGGCCCUGCUACACGGAAAUGGUGGAGAUUGCCGAGAAGGUGGCAACCCAUGCAAGAGCUGACUUUCUGCGCGUGGAUGUGCUAGUUCAAGGAAGCUGCAGUGGCCUUUACGUGAGUGAGGUGGAGCUUUUUCCUGCAAGUGAUUUCAGUCCCUUCCUGAAGGAAGCUGUUGCGGCGCGAUGGCGCGAGGGCUAUGCUGUCUAA